ACCGACACCGGGAGCCAAUCGGAAAGCGCCAGGAGCGCCGGCUGGAGAGGGCGCGCUUGCAGCCAAUCGCAGGCGGGAAGAGGCGGGGCGGAGUGGAGAGAUCCCAGCGACGGCUGAAGCGGCAAGAUGUCGGAGAGGAAAGUGUUAAAUAAAUACUACCCUCCAGACUUUGAUCCAUCUAAGAUCCCCAAGCUUAAACUUCCAAAGGACAGGCAGUAUGUGGUCCGACUGAUGGCACCUUUCAACAUGCGGUGCAAGACCUGUGGCGAGUACAUCUACAAAGGAAAGAAGUUCAAUGCCCGGAAGGAGACGGUCCAGAAUGAGUCUUACCUGGGGCUUCCCAUCUUCCGGUUUUAUAUCAAAUGCACCCGCUGCCUUGCAGAAAUCACCUUCAAGACAGACCCCGAGAACACGGACUACGCCAUGGAGCAUGGGGCCACGCGGAACUUCCAGGCCGAGAAGCUGCUGGAGGAAGAGGAGAAGCGCCUGCAGAAAGAGAGAGAGGAUGAGGAGCUGAACAACCCAAUGAAGGUUUUGGAGAACAGGACCAAGGACUCCAAGCUGGAGAUGGAAGUUCUGGAGAACCUCCAGGAGCUGAAGGAGCUGAACCAGCGCCAGGCCCACGUGGACUUUGAGUCCAUGCUGCAGCAGUACAAAGACUACGAGGAGCAGCAGAAAGUGCGGGAGCUGGAGGAGGACGAGCAGGAGACUAAAACUAUGCUGGAACAAGCUCAGAGCAGGAGGCUGCUCCAAGACUCUGAUUCAGAGGAUGAGGACUCUGCUUCACGCCCUGCUAAGCCGUUUGCAAAAGCGAAGCCUACUGACAUCCUGCAAGAGGACUCUGAGCCUCAAGCAAAGAAGCUGAAGGUGGAAAGCUGGGAGAGGAGCAUCGGGAAACUCUCAAGCAAGGUCAAACUGUCUGGGCUGGUGACCGCCAAGAGGAAGUCAGUUAGUAGUGCGGCCAAUGGAGCAGGCUGUGGAGAUGCACCGCCAGGCGCAGGUGCUGGAACUACAAGCAGCACCUCUGGAGGUGCCUCCCUGGCUUCUGUCCUCAAAGCAGGAGGUUCCUCCCUCAGCCUUCUGGGAGCCUAUUCUGACAGCGAGGACAGCAAGAGCGACUGAGCGCCACAGUAGAGUGACACCCCCCCAAGCUUCACACAAUACUUCCCUGGUAGUCGGUCUCCCUACAAAGUGGUAUCUCGUCCACCUGUACACCAAACCACCUGCAGAUGUUUCUUUUUUCCUCCUUGGAACCUUUCUGCAACAUUUGCCUUGACCUGCUCCUCCCGAUGUGACUUGGGCAUCCACAAACGGGUCUCCUUUCUGCCACCUCUAGCCAACCUGCCACCGUGAGGCAGACAGUCAGCCUCCUCCUGGAUUCCUGUGGUGGUUUGGUACAGAGAAAUCUCGCAAAGCUUGAAGGGCCAUAUGCAGAGCCAGCCCCCGGAGAGUGCUGAAACCCCAGGCCAGGCCAGGCCAGGGAAGUUCCCUCUCUGGUCUUCUUUGCAGCCCACUUGGUACAGCUGGUUCAUUCCAGAGGAGCAGGACCCCAAAUGCAAGGGGGCCGGCUAGUGAACAGCCAACGUGAGGGGAAAUAGGACCUCCACGACCCCAACCAGCACAAGAAGUCCCACCCACCCCAAGAAGUGGGGGGGGGGGAAUUGCUUUGUUUACCGAGUUGAAGGUCCUCCAAGUUGACAGCGCCACGUUCCGUCCCCUGCUCUCUAUUGGACGUUUCCAAUAACCAGAAGCCUAGCAAAGUGUGUGGGUGUCAUCCAUCCACCAUUUUGAAUUUGACAGUGAAAGAAGAACAGCCUGUUGUCAUCCCCACAAACACAGAUAGACGUCUGUCAUUUUGAUAACAACUUGGAAGGAAAUGAGGGAGGGGAGGGGCUUACCAUAUUUGUUCAUGCUAAUCGGUUUGCAUGUGGUCAGACGGGACAUGAGAUUAAGCACACCUUGCGUGCUCAGGUUUUAUUCAUCCUAAGUAGCAGCUACUCAUGGGUUCAAGGCAUUCUAGACUGGGGCUGCAGGAGGCAAAGGGUAAGCCUUCUCUUUUUUUCCCCCUUCCUGAAAUCUUAAGUUAUGUGCUUAACCUCAGGUGGAUUGUUUUGUCCUCAUCUCCCAAAGUCCUGGGGCUUGUUUAGUAGAAUAUCCGCCCUUGUCUGCCUGCAUCAGUCAAGCUGCCAUCAGUGUAACUUAAUAAAAGAUACAGGUGAAAGUGUGCUCAAUUCCCCCCUUAUUAGAGGUUACCACCCACACACUUCUGCUGCGCUUUUCUGCUUGUGUGGUGGCACCUUGGUAAAACCACUUCUCACUGUUUGUAGCAGAGUUUUCCCCGGAGGCAGAGGACAAGAACAGGAGUCGUACUCAAAUUCAAGGAGUCAAGAGCUUCUUUAUCACUUGACUGGUUGCACAAGCAUUUCUGUUGUUAUUAUUAUAUACAAGCUAUUUACAUUCCUUCUUGAUCUCUCCAGCACGGUAUACUCUCAGUCCAUUAAUUAACAAUCCUGACACAGCAAAACUCACAGUAUCAGCAGCACACGUUGUCUUACUUCCAACCUUGUUGUCGAUGAGUGCGCUGACAGCAUGUGUGUGUGGUUUCCUUGUGCAGAAAUUGCAGCCUGCAACUUCCUCCCUUUAUUUGCAUCUCCAGCUGACACCACUCAAGCCUAGAGCGCCACUUUCCUAACACUCCUGCACCUUGAAUUAUAUUUUCUUGCAUCCUCAUACCCAGCGUUGCUUGGAAAUUCUAAGAAACCAAAACAUCAGUUUUGAAAAUUCAUUCCAGGAUUCUAGUACAGGAGUGUAUUUAAGGCCUGGAAACAAUGCCUUAUGAGGAACGGCUUAGGGAGCUGGGUAUGUUUAGCCUGGAGAAGAGAAGGUUAAGGGGUGAUAUGAUAGCCAUGUUCAAAUAUAUUAAAGGAUGCGAUAUAGAGGAGGGUGAAAGGUUGUUUUCUGCUGCUCCAGAGAUGCGGACAUGGAGCAAUGGAUUCAAACUACAAGAAAGAAGAUUCCACCAAAACAUUAGGAAGAACUUCCUGACAGUAAGAGCUGUUUGGCAGUGGAAUUUGCUGCCAAGGAGUGUGGUGGAGUCUCCUUCUUUGGAGGUCUUUAAGCGGGGACUUGACAGCCAUAUGUCAAGAAUGCUUUGAUGGUGUUUCCUGCUUGGCAGGGGGUUGGACUGGAUGGCCCUUGUGGUCUCUUCCAACUCUAUGAUUCUAUGAUUUAAUUUUAUAGAACAUAACAUUUUGACAUGAUGGUCCAGAAACUACACAACGUUUCCAGCUUCUUGGGUUGCAAAGGAGUUGGGAUGUUUUCAGGCUGGUCUCUGUAAGGGAAAUGGUAUUGAAAGCUUGGGUUUGAACUCACCAGCCCAAGAACAGCAGUAGCACAGGGCUGAAGACUAGAAAUGGGUCCCGGGGUAAGAGAGCAACCAGAGGCAAGGCAGGCACAGAUUAUGCAAUGGAGUGCGAGAGAUCCUGAGUGCCAGGCUGGUGGUGGGGAGGCGACUUCAGGGUCAUUUGGCAGAAGGUAAAAGGACGUGGGUGGCACUGUGGUCUAAACCACAGAGCUAGGGCUUGCCGAGCAGGUCGGUGGUUCGAAUCCCCGCGACGGGGUGAGCUCCUGUUGUUUGGUCCCUGCUCCUGCCAACCUAGCAGUUGGAAAGCACGUCAAAGUGCAAGUAGAUAAAUAGGUACCGCUCCGGCGGGAAGCUAAACGGCGUUUCUGUGCGCUGCUCUGGUUCGCCAGAAGUGGCUUUGUCAUGCUGGCCACAUGACCCGGAAGAUGUACUCCAGCUCCCUUGGCCAAUAAUGCGAGAUGAGCGCCGCAACCCCAGAGUUGUCUGCAACUGGACCUAACGGUCAGGGGUCCCUUACCUUAAAAGGAAGGCAGGGGGGGGUCUGCCCACUUGAAUUGGGUCAACCCAAUGCAUGUUGGAAACCUGUAAGAAGGCCCUGAGCACAAGAGCAACUCUCCGCUCCUGUGGUUUCCUGCAAUGGGUACUCAGAAGCAUCGUUGCCUCCAACCAGGGGGCAGAACAGAGCCAUCCUGGCUAGUAGCCAUUGGUGGCGCACACUUCCAUGAAUUUGUCCAACCCUCUUGUAAGCCCAUCCAAGUUGGUGGCCAUCACUGCCUCCUGUGGGAGGGAGUUCCACAGUUUAUGUGCAGUGGGAAGAAGGACUUUCCUAUACUGUAUCUAUCCUGAAUCUUCCAGCAUUGAUCUUCAUUGAAUGCCUGUGGGUUCCAGUGUUAUGAAAGAGAGACGGACGCUUUUCCCUACCCACUUCCUCCAUGCCAUGCAUUACCCGCCCCUCCCCCUUCUAUCCUGUCUCCUCUCACUUGCCUUUUCUCCAAAACGAAAAGUCCCAAGCACUGCACUUUUUCCUUAAAGGAGAUCCCAUUGUAUGGCUGGGGGAAGAGGGGGGAGAGGAAGACAGUGAUCUCGGCCCGGAUGCCCUCUUAACGCAUCACACACUCCGCCUUCUAC